UCCCCAACCCCUCUCCUCCUCCCGGCGCCAUGGACAGGCUCCCUCCGUCCAUGCGCAAGAGGCUGUACAGCCUUCCCCAGCAAAUCGGACCCAAGGCUUCGAUCAUGGACGAUGAGGACGAAGAGGAGGAGGAGGAGGAGGAGGAGGGCGACAGGGACAGCCGGAGAAGGAGCAUCCGGCUGAAGCCCCUGCCCGCCGUCGCCGGGGGCGACCCCCGGGCCGGGGACCCCGCGGGCGUCAUGGAGACCGACGGGGCCCCCCGUGGGGCGGGCAAGUCCGGCACCAACGGGGACUGCCGGCGCUUCCGAGGCAGCCUGUCCUCCCUGGCCGGCCGCGGGGGCUGCGGCGGGGCCGGCGCCCACCCGCGCGACUCGGCCGAGGAGAAGCGCCUCAUCGGGGAGGGGGACGCGUCCCCCGCGGAGGACAAGACGCCCCCCGACCCGCCGCCUCCCUCCUCCUCCUCCUCCUCCCCCGCCCGCUCCUCCUCCUCCUCCUCCUCCUCCUCCUCCUCCUCCUCCGCCACCUGCAUCAAGGUGGAAGGGGGGUCCGGCGCCGACCAGAUCGUCCCCGACGACGAGGCGCGGCUGGGCCAGGCCGGCUUCAUGCAGCGCCAGUUCGGGGCCAUGCUCCAGCCCGGGGUCAACAAAUUCUCCUUGAGGAUGUUCGGCAGCCAGAAGGCCGUGGAGCGGGAGCAGGAAAGGGUGAAGUCGGCCGGCUUUUGGAUCAUCCACCCCUACAGCGACUUCAGGUUUUACUGGGACCUGACGAUGCUGCUGCUGAUGGUGGGGAACCUGAUCAUCAUCCCUGUGGGUAUCACCUUUUUCAAAGACGAGAACACCACACCCUGGAUCGUCUUCAACGUGGUCUCAGAUACCUUCUUCCUCAUCGACUUAGUCCUCAACUUCCGGACGGGGAUUGUGGUGGAGGACAACACGGAGAUCAUCCUGGACCCCCAGAGGAUCAAAAUGAAAUACCUGAAGAGCUGGUUUGUGGUGGAUUUUAUCUCCUCCAUCCCCGUGGACUACAUCUUCCUCAUUGUGGAGACCCGCAUUGACUCAGAGGUGUACAAGACAGCCCGGGCUCUGCGCAUCGUCCGCUUCACCAAGAUCCUGAGCCUCCUGCGUCUCCUCCGCCUCUCCCGCCUCAUCCGUUACAUCCACCAGUGGGAGGAGAUCUUCCACAUGACCUACGACCUGGCCAGCGCGGUGGUGCGCAUCGUGAACCUCAUCGGCAUGAUGCUGCUGCUGUGUCACUGGGACGGCUGCCUCCAGUUCCUGGUGCCCAUGCUGCAGGACUUCCCCAGGGACUGCUGGGUCUCCCUCAACAGCAUGGUGAAUGACUCCUGGGGCAAGCAGUACUCCUAUGCUCUGUUCAAAGCCAUGAGCCACAUGCUGUGCAUUGGCUAUGGGAAGCAGGCCCCCUUGGGCAUGUCGGAUGUCUGGCUCACCAUGCUGAGUAUGAUCGUCGGUGCCACCUGCUAUGCCAUGUUCAUCGGCCACGCCACUGCCCUCAUCCAGUCCCUGGACUCCUCCCGGCGACAGUACCAGGAGAAGUACAAGCAGGUGGAGCAGUACAUGUCCUUCCACAAGCUGCCCGCCGACAUGCGCCAGCGCAUCCACGACUAUUACGAGCACCGCUACCAGGGCAAGAUGUUCGACGAGGAGAGCAUCCUGGGGGAGCUCAGCGAGCCACUGCGGGAGGAAAUCAUCAACUUUAACUGCCGGAAGCUGGUGGCCUCCAUGCCGCUCUUUGCCAACGCUGACCCCAACUUUGUGACCUCCAUGCUGACCAAGCUCCGGUUUGAGGUCUUCCAGCCAGGAGACUACAUCAUCCGCGAAGGCACCAUCGGCAAGAAGAUGUACUUCAUCCAGCACGGGGUGGUCAGCGUCUUGACCAAAGGCAACAAAGAGACCAAGUUGGCCGAUGGCUCCUAUUUUGGGGAGAUCUGCCUGCUGACCCGGGGCAGGCGGACGGCCAGCGUCCGGGCCGACACCUACUGCCGCCUCUACUCCCUCUCAGUGGACAACUUCAACGAGGUGCUGGAGGAGUACCCCAUGAUGAGGAGGGCCUUCGAGACAGUGGCGCUGGACAGGCUGGACCGGAUUGGCAAGAAGAACUCCAUCCUCCUGCACAAGGUGCAGCACGACCUCAACUCGGGCGUGUUCAACUACCAGGAGAAGGAGAUCAUCCAGCAGAUCGUGCAGCACGACCGGGAGAUGGCCCACUGCGCGCACAACGUGCAGGCGGCCGCCGCCCAGGCCGCCGCGGCCGCCGCCGCCGCCGCCGCCGCCCAGGCGGCCGCCCGGGCGGCGUCCAGCCCGACGCCCAUCAUCUGGACGCCGCUGAUCCAGGCCCCGCUGCAGGCGGCCGCCGCCACCACCUCCGUGGCCAUCGCCCUCACCCACCACCCGCGCCUGCCCGCCGCCCUCUUCCGCCCGCCGGGGGGCGCCAACGCCGCCUCCAACACCGCCGCGGGGCCGCCAGGGGGCGCCGGCCAGACCCCGCGGCCGCACAGGCGGCUGCCGUCGUGGCUGCCGUCGGCGCUGGGCUCGCCGUCCAGCAGCGGCCCGUCGCAGCCGCACACGCCCGGGGCCGACACGCCCCCGGCCUCGUCCUGCCCCGCCCAGCAGCCGGGAGGCUUCCCCGCCCAGGUCCACCGGGCGGCCCCGGCCGGGUCGCCGUCGGCGGGCGGCUCGCCCCCGGGGCCCGCCCGCUUCGGCCGCUUCCAGCAGGCGCCGGGGCCGGGGCCGCCGCUAGGGGGCGGCCCGGACCAGCUCCCGGCCCCGCCGCUAGGGGGCGGCCCGGACCAGCUCCCGGCCCCGCCGCUAGGGGGCGGCUCCCCGGGGUCCGGGCGGGGCCGGGCGGGCGGCGGGGGCUCCCCGACGGCGCGGCCCGCGGCCCCACCAAGUGCAUUAGCGACUGGGCCGCCGGGGCCCGCCGCCCCGCCCCUCCCGGAGCGGCCGCCGCCGCCCUGCGGGUCCCCUCUGCCGCCGCCGCCGCCGCCGCCGCCAGGGGGCGCCUCCCCCGGCUACAGCCCCACGGGCUUCCAGAGCCCCGGGCCGCCCAGGACCCUGCCGUGCGGGCCGGCCUCCUCCCCCGGUUCCCACGGUUCCGCCGGUUCCCACGGUUCCGGCGGUUCCCACGGCUCCAUCCUGGGCCUGGCGUCCGGCCCGCAGCCCCCGCAGCGGCGCAGCACCCCGGCCCUGCCUCCCGGCCGCCUGACCCAGGACCUCAGGCUCCUGUCCGCCUCGCAGCCGGCCCUGCCCCAGGACGGGGGCCCCGCGCCGCGCCGAGCCUCCCCCCGAGCCUCCCGGGAGGCCCUUUCCGCCUUCCCCGGUGCCGGCGGCAACGUCGGGGGACCGGGCCUCCGUGCCCUCCCGCCGCCGGCGCUUCCCAGGGCCCGCCAGCUGGCCUCAGGUGCCCUGCCCCCCUGCCCCCCUCGGGACCCCGAGCCCUCCCGCUCCAAACUGCCCUCCAAUUUGUGA